GCAGUACAAGCUCAAACGUAAUAAGUUGUAGAAAGUACUGGUCCUGCUGAUCUGUCACACACUAAGUCCAAGUUUAUUAGGGUCAUUCGCAGGUGAAUUAUAUUCUUGCGCGACUUAUUUGUGAAGAAGCAAGCAGGUUUACAAUGGCCCACUGCGACCUCUCAGCCUCAAAGGCAGUGGACGAAGGACUGUCUGAAGAGUUUGCCGUCCCCUCUCAUGUGGAGGAGGUCAAGAAGCUCAUGGCAGAGUUUGCUGAACAUCACGGACUGGCCGGGCGCAGAGUAGUCCUUAUCACCUCGGGAGGAACCAAAGUUCCUCUGGAAUCCCGAACAGUACGGUUCCUGGACAACUUCAGCAGUGGUCGGCGAGGGGCCUCCUCUGCUGAGUAUUUUCUGGACUCGGGCUAUGCGGUGAUCUUUCUGCACAGGCAUCGCUCUCUCUAUCCGUACGCUCGUCUGUACACAGGGGUCAAUUUACUGGAUAGCUUGCAAUUUGAGACUGGCCAGGAGGAUGCUGGUCAGAUCCUGGUGGAUCAGAACACACUUCCGAACAUCGCAAGGGUUCUAAAGCGCUAUCAGACGGUGAAAGCCGCAGGAUUGCUGCUGCCGGUGGAAUUCAACACCUUGUCAGAGUAUCUCCAUCUACUCAAGGCAGCAGCUCAAGCGUUAAGCUCCAUUGGGUCCAAGGCUAUGUUUUAUUUGGCUGCUGCUGUUUCUGAUUUCUACAUCCCCGCAUAUGAAAUGCCAGAACACAAAAUCCAGUCCUCUAAUGGGCCGCUUCAGAUAAGUAUGAAGAUGGUUCCCAAGAUGCUGUCCCCUUUAGUGAAGGACUGGGCACCUAAUGCAUUUGUCAUCUCUUUCAAGUUGGAAACAAACCCCUCCAUUCUUUUGGAGCGAGCACGGCAGGCCUUAGAAACAUACAACCACCAGGCAGUGGUUGCAAAUGUUCUCGACACACGCCGUGGUUAUGUGGUUAUUGUCACCAAGGACACACAACAAGAGCUGGUCCUUACAGAUGAGGAAGUGCAGAAAGAGGUGGAGAUCGAGGACAGGAUUGUCAGCAGUCUGACUGCAGCACACGGCCAAUUUAUGUCUCCGCAGUCAUGAAAAACCUUGCUGUUAUUUUGCUACAUGUGCUGUAAGCUCAAGGCAGGUCUGGGAUCAGUUAUUGUUGUAGUAAUUAAAAAGAAAUCGAUUUGUUUGUUGUUCAAAAAAAAUUACAAGCUCAGAAACGUUGAAAUUAAAUAGAUUAUUACAGCUCUAAUAAUUUAUUCUAAUCUUUUCCUUUAUAUUAAAUUUCCACAGUACAAUUAGAAAUACCGUUUAUUCUUUCUUUGGCCUUUAACCAUAGUUUCAAAACAAUAUAUGCUAUAUUAUAUUAACUAUUAUCCUAAUGUUGCCUUUGCUUAGUAUUUUUAUGAAAUUUUGAAACACUGAACGUAUAUAAUGUAUUAAAAAACCUUCUGCACAUGUAUCACCAAAAUAAUUGAGCGGUUAUUGUGAUCAGAGCUUGAUUUUGUUAGACUUUAUUUCACUUGUUGUAUAAAGCAUGUCAAAUCUGUCUGUUAACAUGUGAUAGAGUAAACGAUGCAGAAACACCAGAAAA